GUGACAUUCUAUGUUAUUAUUGAGUCUAUGUGUUCAUAAUUUCAAUGGUAUCAUCUGGUACUCGCGUUAAGCGUCGAGCUUCAAAGCCAUCUCGUGAGAAGGAUGGCUCUUCUGAUGACGUUACUCUAGGCGUUGACUCUUUGGGCUGGUCUCUCGAUAACGAGAUAUUAUCGCAUGUUGCUUCAAGUUCCGAGCAACCGAAAUCUGUACCAUCUGAUGGCAAGAUUCAGAAGAAAUCAAAUCUAAAGCGUCGUCGUAAGGAAACAGUCUCAUUUGAUCUUGAUAAUGAGUUAGCCAAAGAAACUGAGCUCCGCGCUGCGGAGCGUAGAUUACUAGAGAAUGAGUCUAGUGGCAGUGUUGAGACAGUAUUUGAUUUUGAGAAGCGUGUUGCCACUGGUGGCAACUCAGCGUCAUUAUGGAUAGAGUACAUGGCAUUUCAUCUUAGGAAUGGUAGUUUAGAGGGUGCUCGUCAGGUAGUUCGUCGUGGUCUGGAGCGCAUAGAUUUUCGUGCGAUAUCAGAGCGUCUUACGCUUUGGGUGGCCAAUAUUAACAUGGAGUGCUUAUAUGGUGACCGUGUAAAGGAGGUUUUCCAGGAAUCGCUUCGUUUCAAUGACCCUAAGACGAUGUACCUCAAGAUGAUUAGCAUUUUUGUGAAGAACGAUCGCUUAUCGGAUGCCAUUGAGGUUUGUGAGCGCGGUAUUAAGAAACUGGGUAAAUCUAAAAAGUUUUGGCAAGCUUAUUUACGUUUACUAUUUGAGCAUGUGAAGGACUUUGAAGAGGCCCGUAAGGUGUAUAAUCGUUGUUUAUUACGUAUUCCUGAUCACAAGAAAGUUUACAUGAUGACUUCUACGGCUUUGCUCGAGUUUAAGUUUGGUUCUGCUGAGAGGGGCCAGAUGAUGUUUGAGAAUUUGUUAUUAGACAAUCCUCGUCGUAUGGAUAUUUGGAUGCAGUAUAUUUGUGCGUAUAUCAAGUUUCAGCUGACGAGUCCGGGUAUCAAGCGUUCUGAUGGGCUCCGUUCUAUACGUAACUUAUUUUUGCGUAUAAUUACUCUUGACCUCAAGCCCAAGAAGAUGAAGGUGAUAUACCAGAAGUGGAUGGAGUUUGAGUGUAAUCAUGGUGACUCCAAGUCGAAAUCGCUAGUUCAGCAGAAGGCUCUUGAAUACGUCGAAUCCGUUGAGGCUAAGUUGAAGGCUUGAAUGUUAUUAAUCUGGUUCAUUCACUCAGGGAUGAAGCAUUAGUGC